GCUGCCGGCUCCAGGAGCCGCUGGGAGCCCCCAGCCAGAGGCUCCCGCACGGCUCCCGUCUCUUCCCUUGAGGGCAGAAAGUGUUUGCUUUGCCUGGGAACCUGCCCGUGUCUUCAGGUGUCCUCCCACGCUGGCGGCGGCAAAUUCUGCCCCGAAGCCUUUGAAGAUUAACUUGGAAGCUCAAAGUUCGCCCUGGGGCUGUGCCGUUGGCUGUCCCAGAGCAGCGCUCUGACCACCUGCAGCUGCCACUCGCAGUCUGAGGGCAGAGGAGGAGGCUGAAGGCGCUGGUGGAGGAAGCUGGUGGCAGUGAGGAAACCCUGCAGGCCAGGAGGGACAGAGCUGGUGCGGCUGGCUGAGCCGAGCCCCUCCGUGUGCUGCUGCUCUGUCCCGAGAUGGCAGCGGGAGGAGAGCUGCCAGGGCUUCUGGUCAGUGAAAUCGGUGGUUCCCGUGGGAUCCUGCUUGCCCAUGUGGCCCUCCUGAAGAAGCAUUUCUGCCUUAUCACCAUGAAGGAGCUUCUUGAGGAUAAGGAGCAUGUGAGUGGGAAGGUCCAGGCAAUCUAUCUGUGGUGGCACAGGCCCGUGGUUGACCGGGAGCUCCUCCAGAGCCUGCCAAAUCUGAGAGUGAUUGCCAACUCCGGGGUGGGCAUGGACCACCUGGACCUGAGCCUCGUGGCCAGCUUUGGUAUCAGGAUGGCAAAUGCUCCCCGCUCUGUGGCAAACAGCACAGCUGACGCUGGCAUGGCUCUGCUGCUGGCAUCUGCCAGGAGACUUGUAGAAGGCUGCCACCUUGCAGUGUCCCCAGGUGUGGAGUUCUCUGAAGCUGAUAUCCUGGGAGUUCAGGUCACUGGAGCUACCCUGGGCAUCAUUGGCAUGGGCAGCAUUGGCCACAAGAUUGCCCUCAGAGCCAGGGGCUUUGAAAUGAACAUUCUGUACCACAACAGGACACGGAGGAGCCAGCAGGAGGAGCAAGCUGUGGGUGCCACUUACUGUGAGGAGAUGGACAGCUUGCUGCAGCAGGCAGACUUCGUGGUGGUGGUGGUGAGCCUGACCCCUCAGACUCACAGACUGAUUGGGAAGAGAGAGCUGGAGCUGAUGAAGCCCACGGCCACGCUCAUCAACAUCAGCCGAGGGGCAGUCCUUGACCAAGAGGCGCUGGUGACAGCUCUGCAGAGCGGCAUCAUCAGGGCUGCAGCCUUGGACGUCACCUUCCCGGAGCCGCUGCCCAGAGACCACCCACUGUUAAGGUUAAAGAACGUCAUUGUAACACCUCACUUGGGCAUCAAGACAGACAAGACCACCCUCAUGAUCACGGAGGAAGCAGUGCAGAACAUACUGGCAGCUCUUCGUGGGCUCCCCAUGCCCAGUGAAGUGUUCCCCAGCUGAUGUGAUACAGCUCUCCUUGUUGCUUUCUUUCCCCCCACUGUUACAAAUUGAGAAUGACUCAAAAUCAAAGUGUCCAGAUUACAAAUUUAUUCAAUUAGGCAAGAAGAAUAUGAGCAAAGUUGCAGCGCUGGACGACAGGGGAGUCACCGCUCCGCCACCUGCCGUGCCAAGUCUCUUCAUUAGCCUAUAUUUAUACUGUGUUGUCUGCGUUGUUCCACCCUGCAAAUUACAUAAACCCAUCCUUUCUGCGCAUGUUCCUUCUUUUGGGUUAGGGUCUUCCUUCCCUUCUGGUGGUCGUUGAGGAUGAAGUAAGCAGUCCUCCUCAGGUGUCCUCUGGUUAACCCGUCUCCAAAUAUGGGCUUCCUUUGGCUGGUUAACGUCCCGAAUCCCAUAUGUGGCAUGUUUUCUCAAAAUUAAGGAUGUAUCUAAAGCUUAGUCCUUGGAAUAUGACUGAUUAAUGUCCCGAGUCCCAUAUGUGGAUCUCAAAAUUAAGGAUGUACCUAAAGCUUAGUCCUUGGAAUUUUUAGCAAUUAGCUAGCUUAUUCUUUGCACAUUACCAUAUAUAGCAUGAGCUCUGCAGUUAGGCAUAUUUCCUGAUUUGCAACAGCUGUACCUACACUGCCGUUUGCAACUAGGCAUACUUAACACUCUAUUAAAAUGUUUCUUUAUUAAACAAUUGCAAUUACCUAUUACA